AUGGAUGAACAGCCUGGAACAAGUAAGAACCUGACUGAUAGAAAUGAUCCAGACGAGGAGAGUAUUCCUACUCACGAUCAGAGGACCUACAGUGGAACAGAUAUAUCCAAUUAUUCAAGUAAGACUCAAAUACACGUGGCAUCUACAGGCAUUGAAAAGCCAAAGAAACCGAGCAAGCCCGAAGGCAAAUUUAAUGAGAAAAGACGUAAGAAACGACGCACAGACAGAGUCGAGAAACAAAGAAAACCGCCCGCAAGACGACUCAUGACCAAACGAACGCCUAGAAGAAAGCCCAGAGCUAGAAUUGAAAAGAAAAGAGACUUUUCUGUCUCGACAAUGUAUUCACGACUCUCGUCCGGUGGUCUUCUAACGCCAGCUUGUGAGCGUUGCGGCCACCGAUGUUGUCUUAGAAGGUAG